UUGCCUUUUUCAUUAUUUUUGCCGCCUGCCAUCGUCGUCUUGACCAUCUGUAGCUGCCGCGAAAUGGUCGUCGCCGUGCCGUCUCCCUAUCUCUCUCUCUCUCUCGUGUGUGUACGUAGUCAGCGGGCAAAUCCCCUCUUGCCAAACGGCACGCACAAGCAAGCAAGCAAGCAAUUGGACCAGGAUAGUAGCACAACGUCUCCCGAUCGGCCUUGCGCUUGCGGUUACACUAGAGUAGAGACUGGUAUGGUAUGGUCGAUCGGGAAACGAAGCGUUCGUUCGUGCCCCAUAACUCCACCACUGCAGUUAAGGAAACGACACUUGUUCUCCCUCACCUCGUCUCGUCGUCUUCCCUUGUUUCUGCCUGAGAGUUGCUUUGGAGACUCCUCCCGUUUUCUGUCUACCUAGCGGGAUCUCUACGCCAGUCAACUGUUGCAUCUCUUGCAAAUUCUGACCGCUUCUUCAACCAAAACAUCAUACCCCGGCCGUCUCUCUGUUUGUCCCCUGCCAAAGCAAUCCCUCCAUCCUCAUCUUCAUCUUUCAUCUUUCGGCGGCGCUCCAAGAACCCCAGGCAGAGGCUGAGGCCGUACCAUCUCAACAAGACCAGAGCACCACUGCUCAAGAACCACGCCAAGACUCGAUCCAUCCUUGUCUCGAUCAUCCAUCGGGAUGGAGCAGCUCCGGCAGAUCGGUGAGGUGGUGGGCAGCAUCAACGCGCUCAUGGCGUUCGAGGCCGACCUCCGCAUCAACCCUCGCCAGUGCCGCCUCCUCGCCGAAACCUGCGCGCACGCGCUGGACGCCAUCACCGGCAAUGUCCGAGCCCACCUUCGCUUCGACGAGCGCGGCACCAAGUGGCGCGCCCUGGAGUCCCCGCUCCGCGAGCUCCACCGCGCGCUCCGCGACGCCGAGGGCUACGUCCGGCAGUGCCUCGACCCGCGCGGCAGCUGGUGGGCCCGCGCCGCGGCCAUGGUGCACGGCACGGAGUGCGUCGAGCACCACCUCUACAACAUCCUGUGGUGCGUCUCCGUCGCCGUCGAUGCCAUCGAGGCCGCCGGGGAGAUCGCCGGCUCCGAGCCGGACGAUCACGCGCGGACACGGCUUCUGCUCGCCAGCAAGUACGACAGGGACAUGCUCGAGCCAAAGCUGUUCCAGCUCGUGCACGGCAAGCGCUACUUGGUGUCCCGUGAACUGGUCGUUCGGAUGGACGCGGCGUGGAAGGAGGACAGGUGGGCGCUGUCGCAGCUGCUCGACGAAAUGACGGGCCCGGCGGCGCCGAAGCGCCUGACCAAGAACGAGCACCGCCUCGCCGAGGUCCUCGCCGCGCCCAGGGGGAGGCUGCACCCGGCGUCCAUUCUGCUUGGAGACGACUACAGCGUCCGCAGGAGGCUAGGCGGCCGCCUCAAGGAGGUGCAAUGGAUGGGGGAGAGCUUCGCGAUGAAGCAUUUCAUCGGGGACGGCGAGGCCGUCGGCGCCGAGAUCGAGCUGCUGGCCUCGGUGGCGCACCCGAACGUCGCGCACGCCACCUACUGCUUCCACGACGAGGAGAGGAAGGAUUACUUUGUGGUCAUGGACCAGCUCAUGGCCAAGGACCUGGGAAGCUACGUCAAGGAGGUGAGCUGCCCGCGGCGGCGGACACCGUUCCCUGUCAUCGUCGCCAUCGACAUCAUGCUGCAGAUCGCGCGCGGGAUGGAGUACCUGCACGCGAAGGGAAUGUACCACGGCGAGCUGAACCCGUCCAAUGUGCUCGUGAGGCCACGGCAAGCCGACGGCGGCUACGUGCAGGUCAAGGUCACCGGGUUCGGGCAGUCCGGCAUCGCAAUGGGCGCCAAUGUCAACGGCGACGAUAACGCCUGCAUCUGGUACGCGCCCGAGGUGCUCAAGCCGGAGGUCGCGGGUGCAGAGUCCAGGCGCACCGAGAAGGCCGACGUGUACAGCUUCGCCAUGAUCUGCUUCGAGCUCCUGACCGGCAAGGUCCCGUUCGAGGACAACCACCUGCAGGGCGACAAGACAAGCAAGAACAUCCGCGCCGGCGAGCGGCCGCUGUUCCCGUUCCAGACGCCCAAGUACCUGACCGCCCUGACCAAGCGGUGCUGGCACGCCGACCCGGAGCAGCGGCCGGGCUUCUCCUCCGUCUGCCGCGUCCUCCGGUACGUGAAGCGGUUCCUGGUCAUGAACCCGGAGCAGCAGCAGCAGGCCGCGCAGGGCGACGAGCCCGUUGUGCCACCCGUGGACUACCUCGACCUGGAGAUGCAGCUGCUGAGGAAGCUCCCGGCGUGGCAGCGAGGUGAGGGCGCCCGCGUGUCGGACGUGCCAUUCCAGAUGUUCGCGUACAAGGUGUUGGAGAGGGAGAAGAUCGCAGGCGUGGCGCAGGCCAGGGACAAGGCCUCCGACUCGGGCAGCGAAGGGAACUCGCUGUACGGCGAUGAGAACGGCGUUGGGGUAAUGUCGCCGGACCGCCCUUCCUCGGUGGCGUCGAACGGCACCAUGCGGCCGCUGCCGGACAGCAGCGAUGGAAAGAAGCCGCCGUCGGCCAAGAAAGCGGACGGCAAGGCGGCCAGGCAACCAGUUGCAGGGCACCCGCAGAAGGUGAAGCCGGGCAACCCAGCGAGGACUCCGCAGGCACCAAGACGGACGCUCGGAGUGAAGACCGACGGCGUCUCGUAGUCCCUGCCGCGCGACAUUGGAGGAGAAGGCGAGCUCGUCGUGCUUCAGGGGAGUUGGAUGGAAUGCCGGUGCCGGAGAGUGUGCCUUUGAUCAGCUAGUCGUUUCUUGUGGCAUCACCGAGACAAGUCUUGGUUUUGUUUUAAGUUAUUAUAUCGCAUAGUUAUUCGUUUCAGUCACAUCUCUGCAGUCCGAAUGAGAAGCUAUUUCCAUGCAAAAAAAAAGAAGCUAUUUUCAAGAGAUAUUUUUUUUGCGGGAAAUGACGUGGUAUUACUCAGCUACAAGGGGAGUGCUACGCGUUUGGCCGGCGGACGCCGCGCGGGCCGUCAGAUCUGGCAUAAAUCUAGCACCUAGUCGUUCUUCACUUUUGCAAUGUAUAUUGUGUCAUGGAAUUUUUGUGGAACAGAGGUCAUGUUGCAGAAGAUAUUUGUAACAAAGUGUUGUAGAUUUUUUUUUUUGCAACAAAGGUUAUGU